AUGGGAGGAGCCAUGUACGAAGAAUGGGAGGAGCCAUGUACGAAGAAUAUAGGAGGAUUACACGUGCAUUAUGCGCAGCAGGAUGUACGUAGUACUCCUGCUUCGGAUGCGCAAACUUCUGUGGUAAAUCGAGAGGGGAUUCGAAGUCAGCGGUUUUUUGUGACGAGGUCAGGUGGGAAUGCGGAGGAUUUGGGGAAUGCAGAGAAUGCAGAGAUGGUUAAUCAUUGGGGUUAA